ACCCACAAUUCUCAUUUCCUCUUCACAUUAAUCUCUAUUCUUCCUCUCUUCGGAUCCCAGACCCCCACAAAACACAUUUCAAUGGCAGCAAGAGAGCCUUUUAACGUGACAGCCCGGUCACCCGCCCUGACAACUCAGAGGUCACCUUGGCAUUCGCCGGUCCCCUACUUGUUCGGCGGUUUAGCGGCCAUGUUGGGUCUCAUCGCCUUUGCUCUUCUCAUCUUAGCCUGUUCUUAUUGGAAGCUCUCAGGCUACCUCGAGAACAGCGAGAACGACGGCGAGCGAGACCUGGAGGCCGGCGAAGGAGGUAAAGGCGACGAAGCCCAGAAGGCCCCGCCGGUUUUCGAAGAGAAAAUAUUGGUGAUCAUGGCGGGCGACGCCAAGCCAACUUUCUUGGCCACCCCCAUUUCGAGCAGGUCAUCGUCUUUAGGUGACAGUUCGAGUACUAAUAGCACUACUUGUAGCUGCGGCAAGAGUGAGAAGUCGGUGGAAAUGGCCGAACAGUCGACUGAGACGACUGUGAAAUUGGAAACAAGUAGCGGCUCUGAAAAUGUUCAUCAUCAACAUGAGAACAACACCGAGGCGACGCAUGAGGCCUCAACAGAUCAGAGUCAUCAGACCAAUUAAUUUUUCAUCUUUUUUUUUUGUUUUUUGUUUUUUGGGUUCUGAAUCUCUUGUGAUUGUGGGUUUGGCUGUGAUCGGAAAGAGAGCUAGCUUGCAUGUUGUUCUUUUACACGGAAGCUGUAAAUUUAUUUUGAGGUGAAAUAGAAGAAUUCCCUAUUCUUCACA